CGCUCUCUGCGCUGCCGGCAGCCUGCCUUCGUCGUUGCCUGCCCUCCCCUCGUUGCAGUCAUGGCCGCCGCGAUGCCCCUUUCCCCGGAGGACCUGCUGCUGCCCAAGUCCACGGCGGGCAAGGCCGAAGAGCUGGAGGAGGAGGUGGAGGACGACGACGACGAGCUGGACGAGACGCUGGCAGAGAGGCUCUGGGGCUUGACAGAGAUGUUCCCGGAAAGCGUCCGAUCGGCAGCUGGAGCUACCUUCGGCGUGUCUCUUUCUGUAGCCCAGAAAAUGUACAGAUUCUCCAGGGCAGCUUUGUGGAUUGGGACCACUUCCUUCAUGAUCCUAGUUCUUCCUGUUGUUUUUGAAACUGAGAAACUGCAAAUGGAGCAGCAACAGCAGAUGCAACAGCGACAGAUUUUAUUAGGACCAAACACAGGAUUGUCUGGAGGGAUGCCAGGUGCUCUGCCGUCUCUUCCUGGAAAGAUUUAAUGAAGCUACACUGGACCCAUAUCGUGGAAUGAAAUAUUGAAAUCAUUUGUUUGAACUGUUUGAUUAGGCCAGCGUUUUUUUCUCAUAACCUUGGGAUAUUAACUAUUCUUAAUGAAGGCAGAACCCCUAUCUGGAUCUCCUGCAAUCUUUAGGCAGUCAUGACUUUUCCAUCUAUUCAAGCAACAUUAUAGGUAACAAUGAAGACUUUGGAAGCAUCUGUUUUGGUAGCCUUACCUCCAGGAAACCACCUCAGGACAUGUCAUAUUUGGUCAACUUUAACCUGUAAUUGUCAGUGUAAAUAGCCCUGCGUUCUUCUCCAACUGUAUUUCAGAGCAGUAACAGCAAGAAAUGGAGUAAAUAUGCCAGAAUGUGCAGCAUAUAGAAGAACCUAGAAUGCACUUGACUCUAUGCAGUGAGCUCUUACUUGAAGAAAGAUACUUGCUCUACAAUGUUACAUAUUUGAAAAAUAAGGGAAGCAGGAAAAGUCAUUUUUGCCAAGUCUUAUCUGUGCUGAAUCUAUUAGUAUCAAAGUUAGCUAGAGCACUUUUGUAUUAAAGUUUCAGUGCAAACAUG